AUGACUGGGGAAAGUAGACGAGGGCAGGACAACAACGAGAAGAAAGGUGCAGGCGAAGCCCGGAGAAAAAGGCGUGCUGUGUCCACGACAGGGCCUAGAAUGGCUCGAGUUGUCGGAUUGUCCUACGAGGGAAACAGACACAUCGAAAGUCCGAAACGCGGUCGCUACGGGGGGAAGGAAGGAAACGAGGCAGAAACAAAGGAAAGGACGAUGGAGUCACGGCGGGAACGGUGCACAAACCAGGCGCAAAGCCGUUUCUGGAUCAGGACUUCGUAG